GUUAUAAUUUACUUCUUUUAGUUCCAGAUUUAAUUUUGUAUUUAUACUUAAAUUAGGGGCUCUAAUAGCAUAAUGGCUGAACUUGUUAUGAUUUCCUUGGAUUUAUUUCCUACGAAUUCUCUUUUAAUUACUUGUUUGUGGUAUUCCAAUUGUUUAAGAACAUUACAUGAUGCCUUUAAUAUUGAACUUAUACAUGUUAUGUGGUCAUAUCUCAUGUGCUUUCUUUAGAAAUUUAACUUCCUUUGCGUGUAUAGUAUUUUACUAAUGAAAUACCAUGAUUAUCUCAACGAUUUCCAUGAAAGAUUGAGAUUUGAUUCCAAGGUUAAUACAUGAUUUGUUGGAGUCCCACGUCCGUGGGUUAAAGGAUAUUUGGUCUCCUUAUAUGGUUAUGGGCGAUCCUCCUCUCGCUUUUGAGUUUGAGUUGGCCCAAGGUACAUUUCUUUAUUAUGGUAUCAAAGUCAGGUUCACAUGCUCCAGAUGUUCAAUUCCGAGCGUGCGGGGGUGUUGGAGUCGGUCUUGGUCUCCUUAUAUGGUCUUGGGCAUUCCUCCAGAUGUCCAGCGGGGUGUUGGAGAAGGCUCCUUGAUCUCCUUAUAUGGUCUUGACCCAGAUGUCCAGUCCUGGGUGUGCGAGGGGUGUUGGAGUUCCACAUCGGUGGGUUAAAGGUUCCUUGGUUUUUUGAGGCUGAGUUAGGCCUAGAUCUAACAAUUAUAAUACAUGGGCCGAAGCCCAAUCCUCGUGAUUACCAGUGCCCAUCCUUGAUAACAUCGUUUGAGAGUAUACACUUGACUCCAUGCAGUUUCAGUGAACCAUAGAGAUUGUGAUGAUGCUUCUAUUGCCACAAGUAUGAUAAUGGCUGGAGUACCUCUCACUGAACCAUAUCUUUGGUGUUAUUUAUCUUCCCUGGCAAAGGAAGAAAGAAAUGGGUUAGAAUCAGGAAGACUUCCUAUCUCUGAUACUUUCUAUCUGAUGGGGACAUCUCGUCUGACGGAUACUUUAAAUCCUCAGGAAGUUUUUGUUGUUCUUGAACAUGGACAAAUAUACGGAGAGGUACUAGCAUACAGGAAUCCUGGGCUUCAGUUUGGUGACAUCCACAGACUACUUGCUGUCCCUGUGAAGAACCUCGGAGACAUAAUUGGAAAUGCUAAAUAUGGUAUUUUCUUCUCUACCAAAGAUCCAAGAUCCGCGGCUAGCCGGCCACUGAAAUUGCUAAUGGCGAUUUUGAUUGAGAUAAAUAUUUUGUCUCUCAGAACCCCCUGGUCAACUUUUUCUCUACUACUGGCUAACUUCUCUAGUUUCUUUUCCUAACAAUUUAAUUGAACUGCCUCAAAUUGGUUCUUCAUUUGCAUUUUGCACUCUACAUGUCCAAUUAGACUUGAUAUUGAAACACAAAUAAAUGAAAAGAAAAACGAACAUAUUGUGAUGUCGUUUCAUUUCUUGAAUGAAUGAAAAUACUCAAGGAGUUCCAGCCAAUUUAAGCAUGUUAUGUUGAAUGCUUCAGCUGUUAAAAUAUUACACUGCAAGUACACCAUGGAGCCAAAUCUAUUCAACACCAAUGACAUUGCAUAGGGAGCCCAACAACUUCUCUGCGGAGGAAAGGGAUCAUGAACUAUUUCAGACAUUUCUAGAAACUAGGAUGCCAAAGUGUGUAUUAUAAUAUACUUAUCACAGUCUUUAUUAUAAUAUCACCUCAGUCUAGAAUGCCCUUUUUUGCCUUCCAAAAUUAGAAUGUCUCUCUGAUAUUGUCUGAAACAUGUCUCCUCGGCUCCAUGAAGAGUGCAACAUACAGUCCGACUGUCAAAGUUGCUCAUACUCAGGAAGUCCUCGAGCUGAUGAGCAAUGGGUGACUGUGGAAUAUCUUUUCUGAAAGGCAAGAUCCUUGUUGAUAAGUUACUUUCAUUUGACAUGGCUAAACUUCCUGUAAUGUCUGUAGAUACUGAAAUAAAUGCUCACGUUGGACAAGAGUUGGUUUACACUUUCAGUAUAGCAUGACUGACGCUUCUGCUAACUGAUACACACUCAUGGAUAGACUUCUGAUAUUGACAAAAAACAACUCCUCUGAGAAUGAAGAGACGAAGUCCAUGAAAGAAAGUUGUUAGAGUUGAUUGAUUUGUAUUAUGAUGCUACAGAUGCCCCAAAAAGUGGGAAUAAGGUUGUUGUAUUGGCUUCCAAAUGCAGGCACAACAAUCAACAAUCAACUACUAACAGAAAUAUCUCAAUGUGCUGAGAUAAUUAAUGGUGUUAAAGAAGGAAGGUGGAAAACCACUCUUAGCUUAUAUAAACCCAUACUCAAAGAAAAAUCAGAUGCAUCGGAGUUACCCCAAGAGUAUUUGGGGAUUUUGCUUCAUGAACAGCCCAACAAGUAUUACAUGGUAAUUAGAGGGCAACGGUUGAUCAUGGAAGCAGAGUCAUCAAUGCAGACGAUAAUGGAGAAAUUGCAGUCUCACCAACUGAGGGUUGGCUUUAAGUUUGAGGGAUUCCAGUAUCAACUUGGUGAAUUCCGGUUGCGAGUAGGCAAAGUUGUUCCAUUUGGUUCUGAGAGCUUGAGGGGAAUAGUCAUGGAGAUGGAGUAUCUUCCAAUUUCCUCAGUGGAGAUAUCACAGCUGAUUAUGAGUGAACUCUUCGACAUAUGGAAGGAAGCUCUUGAAAAAAGAUCAUUACCCGGUCAUUUUGUGCGCGUUGAACCAAAAUUUUCAGAGUAUGGCCUCUCUGAUCAGUACACUUCACAGCACACAGCUUUACAAUAUGCUGACUCCCUGGCUCACAUGGUACCAGUAGAUUCAUCAUCAAAAACAAUGAGAAAUUAGAAUCUAGCAUAGUGUUCUGUUGACAAGUUAAGAUUUUAGCCUCGGUAACUGUCGUAUUCUCAAUACAAAUACAUUAGAAGAAACUAAAGUGUUUUGAAAACCUGGUCAUUAUGAUGUUGCUACUGCUGCCUUAUAUAGAAAAGCGACGUUAAAGACAGAUAAAGUGAAUUCGUCGUUUUUAACCUUGGCUUCAUGCAGCAUUGAGAUUACUGAUAUCCAGGAGUAGCACUUCC